AUGGGCAUCAAAUCCCUUUGGAUAGAUCUCCCCUCCGGGGCUCUCCGGGGCCAGGGGAAGGAGGACCCCAAAGCAGAAGAGGACGUGAAAGGCAAGGAGGAAAGUUUCUCCAUGGACAGCGAUCUAGACUAUAGCUCGGACGACAACAUCCCCGGCCAGGCGGCUCACAAGGAAGAGGACUCUGGCAACGCGCUGGAGGAAAACCCCCAAAACCCCCCCAAUUCCACCAACACCACGUCCACAGGCAAAAACCGGCGGAGGCGAACAGCCUUCACCAGCGAGCAGCUGCUGGAGCUGGAAAAGGAGUUUCACUGCAAAAAGUACCUGUCCCUGACGGAGAGGUCCCAGAUCGCUCACGCCCUCAAACUCAGCGAGGUGCAGGUGAAAAUCUGGUUCCAGAACAGACGGGCGAAAUGGAAACGGGUCAAGGCGGGCAACGCCAACUCCAAGACAGGGGAACCCUCCCGAAACCCUAAGAUCGUGGUACCCAUCCCGGUGCACGUCAGCAGGUUUGCGAUCAGGAGUCAGCAUCAGCAGCUGGAGCAAGCCCGACCCUGA